AUGUUUUUGGUAUGGAUGUGUCAGAGGUGAAAUCGACAAAGUUGAAAUGGUUUGCCAUGCAUAAAAUGGGUGCCAGUUGGAACCCAGUUUCCAAAUGGCGCAAGACAAAUUUCGCUGGUCCCCAAAUCCAGUUUGUCAUGCUGUUUAGGCAAACAAGAGGAGCGAUUUUAUCAUGCUACUUUAGCAGCUCGAGCUGUAACCCCAAACAGGCUGACAAUCGGCCUCACUUGCCUGCUCUGCAACGCACGUGCCUCGGGUCAUGCAUUUUAUGCAUUACAAAUUAUUUCAACUUUGACGAUUUCAAACCUGACACUUCCAUAUUUGGUAAACUGGGUGAAGGAGAGUUUCUCAGAAUUCCUGAGCUGGCUUAUCAAAAGGAAAAAUCCCCCCACCCCAUAUUGAAAAGGUACGCUUUCGAAAAUUUGUGUUGCUGAUUUACGACCACAAAUCGUCUCUGUGUUGCAUGAAGGCAACUCCACAGGCUCCGCCGCAUUCUACAGGCGGUUUGUCAUGCUGUUGAGCCUACAGCGCGGACGCUUUUCAUGCCAAGCGUUCAGGUCAAAGCCUCUCUACUCAGGCUUGAUAUGGGUCUGCAGUCCUCUCCAGGAAGACAAAUCUGAUUUGUGUACUCAAAUACAGCAUCACAAAUUUCGUUUUCGAUAUGGGGAGGGGGGAUUUUUCCUCACAAUAUGGCUCGGCUUCCUGCCAGAAAACUCAAAGAUCCUCUUCCUGGGUCUGGACAAUGCGGGAAAGACGACGUAUCGAGUUUUGUUUCUUUUUGUUUCUACGAAAAUAAACUACUACGUAGACAUAGACAUACGAGCACAAAGAGCAUGCGCAAUCGGAGGUUCUCAUCUACGUGACGAGCGUCAUGAGGGAAGAACGCAGGCACCAAAGCCAAACGAAAAAAGCAUGGGCGUCAACAUGCAGUGUGCUCGCAUUUGAAGAAAAAUGAUCGCUGUUGCAUUCGACGCUCUUCUUUCUUUGAUGACAGGUUGCUGCACAUGCUUCGCGACGACCGAAUCACAACACACAAUCCAACACUGCAUCCGCACGCGGAGGAACUCUACAUCGGCAACCGAAGGUUUAGGGCGUUCGAUCUUGGGGGACACGAGGCCGCCCGGCGUAUAUGGAAGGUAUGAUCUACUUUCUUCGACGAAUUUUAUUUAUUUCGCAUUUAUGGACGAGAAGGGCAGAAGUGUCGUCCCAAGCCCCUCCACAAGAUGCACCUCUCUUCCUCCUUAUUUCGUUGCUCCGUACUUUUCGUUGUUUUGUGCAAUGUAGGCAUCGGUAUAGUAUUACAGCAACUAAUUUUAUUCCGCAUUUAUGAUGUAGAAAUAUCAUCAACGUCACCAAUAUGUAUUCGAUGGUCGUUUGUUACUUACACAUGUUUCGCGUGGAGCAGCAGCAGAACUUGUACUACGAACCGGCAAGAUCAAAAACAGCGUCGAAGACAAAACUUUAUUACAGGACUACUAUGCCGACGUGGACGCGAUUAUUUUCUUGGUAGACGUAUGCAAGAGAAAAUGUUGGCGGGGAGUGGGUGAAUUGAUGCUCUGAAACCUUGCAAGAUGUCAAGAAAGAUGUUGAGGACGCACACAAAGUCAAAAAAUCCACGGAAGUGAAGAACCUGGGGUAGUGCAUGUGGUAACAAUCAACAACAUAAUUGAAAGAUGGUGUCUUGUCCCGUUACUACAUUUCCAUUUGAGUUCUUGACGAGGAUCGAUUAACCAUUUCAUAAGUUUCACGAUACGCUGCUUGUGUGACGCACGAGCUGCUGUCUGCAUUCCCUCGACUAGACAAACCGCCACAGGGCCGCUUCCAAUAUAGUCAUUUUCAUCUUCUCGCUCUGUGCUUCAUUUUCUCUAUGGGAUAAGAUGCCGCUGACCGAACGCGCAUGCACGAGGCAAAGGUUGAGUUGCAGUUCUUAUUCGAGACGGAGAGCCUGCGACAUGUAUGAUUUUAUUUUCAAGUUAUGCUGUGGUCUUGCUCUUGUUCGACUUCAUUGUGCAUUCCGAGACUAGCAGUGUCCAUUGAUUUUCAAUCCCUAAAAGAAACGUCUUGACCGAGAUUCUGUGUCGAUGCAUCAGGAGCGGCUGCUGCCUGUCCGUAGUCUCGUCCCGAUGCCUCUACUAACUCCAUAGCGUGAAACUGAAGCUUAUGCUGAUGCAGACUUGAACAACUCAGCACAUCGGUAGUAUAAAGUCGAAAGAUCGACGGACUUGUAGUUUUACUUUUACCAGGUCGUGUCGCUAUUUGUGCAUGAAAUAAAGAAAAAGAUGAUUAACCAAACGCAAACGCAAAUUUUGCACAGGUACCUUUUGCCAUCCUGGGAAACAAGAUUGACAUUCCAACCGCCUGCUCGGCGGAAGAGCUCGUGAGCUUUCUGCAGCUUCCUAUGGCCUAUGGAUAUCAGGGAUAUUCGGGGGUACUUUUUGCUUUGUGACAGUAUCUUCACUGAUUUGAUAAAUAUCUUGGAAUGUCCCUAGACGCCCUGCUUGCAACGAAAGAGCCUCCACGGUUCGAGGAUAUGAGACCUCCUCGCACAGUGUGGUCGACAAGACAUGCCUUAGGUGAGCACGUUUGUCGAGCAGACGUACCAUUAUGGAUGAAAAAGCAAAAUGAAAAUGUACAAAAAGUCAAAGUGCAUCAUGAUGUGGGCAUCAGGCACGUACGCUGCGCGACCUGUAGUUGAUUUUCGAUUUUGCGAGCUUUUCGCCAUGGAGUUUUUUCCGCAAAAAUAAGUGCGACGUUCAUACCACGCUUCUAUUUUUCUGCUGAAAUAUAUAAAUCCUUUGCAAAACAGGGUGGCGGAACCGGGGGCGCGAAUCGUCCGAAUGGUGGUCCCAUCGAAGUUUUCAUGGUAGAGAUUUUUUUUCUUUAAUGCGUCGCUAAGCGCUGUCUCUAUGCGAUGAGAUGAUCAUGCUGGCGCUGGCUCUACGUCCAUCAACAUAUCCCCCCUAGCUCUUGUUGUCUCGCCAUGGAUAUUACUGUGAGGAAUUUUUAUUAUGAAAUGUUGAACCAGAUGUAGUUACAGCAUAUUCAUACAAGAAGGAGCCACGGCAUUGGUGCUGGCUAACGCCAAUGGUUGCGAUUCUGAAGAUCUAUCAUAAUCAUAUGAUUUGCAAAAUAUAAUUGAUCAGGUCUCUUUGGUAAACAAGAUGGGAUACAGUGCCGCUUUCAAGUGGAUCUCUGAGGUUCUUAAGCAGCAGAACGCAAAAAGCAAGCAGCAGCUCUGAAAUUCUUGACUCAAUUCUGGAAUUUGGAAUCGGAUACGGAUGCGUGGUGGUUGUGCUGGGUGGGGGACAAGUGCCGUUGGAGGAGGUUUUGGGGGCUGCCAAGCUCAUCAUAUUGAUACACAUAUUUAUAGCGGAUGUUGUAUCGGAUUGUUGCUAGCAUGGAAAACCAAAACUCACCUGAAGAAUCGCGAGAAGAUGUAGUUCAUUGUUAUUGGUGGAUUGCUUUUUUGAAGAGACGCUUCGGCUUCGGAUGUUCAUUUUCUAUUUUCGCACGCACAAACAAACAGAAACACAAUAGUUUUUAAUGGCUUUUAUUACAACCCGAUGGAUAAAGUUAUAUUAGUUUUCACAGAUGACUGGCUCUGGCACGAUACAGAGUUUGAGUUUUCCAUCUCUCCACUUUUUUGCUCGGGUAGAAAUCGCGAUUGCGUUUUUUUUGAAAGCUACACAAUAGCAGGGGACAAGAAGAGGGCGGGGGGUCAAUCCGCUUUUUGUUUUUGCGAGCCCGGAGCACGCAUCAACUUGCUUCAACGGAAGAAACUCGACCCACGACCCUUCAACACUUUACUAUUCACCCUCACCCAAACCACAUGAUACAUCUUCCCCCCCAGCAUUUUCGUCAAUUGUUAUUUGAAAGCGACGACGGACCGUAGCGGUACUUGCAACCCUGACGAAAUCUAAUUGAUGAUAGAAACAUCACCAUCGUCCAGACCGUUCUCCCCGCCGGUCGGACCAAAAAGAAGAAACUUUUAUGGGUAAUAUGUGUCGCCUGCUUCGCGCCGGCCGCAGGAGCGCUAGUCCGAUUCCUUGUUUCUGUUCACCGCAACACAAAAAUCCACCAGCUGAGUCUCUAGCUUUGUGCCGUGUCAGGGCCAGACGCCUUCAAUUGCGAAGUCCACUAAAUGACGG